AUGAGGCCUGAAGGGGGCACAGCCCACUACCUGAAGGAGUCCCCACAGGAGCUGCAGCCUGUGGAAAGUAGCCUAUGGAGAGCUUCUUCAGGGAACAUUAUCAGUAUUUCAGGUUUCCGUGUUGGAAAGCUUGACUUUGAAAGCCCAGGACGGAAAAAAGAAGAAAUAGAGGAGGAAGUAGAGGAAGAUCCAUGCGAGCGGCACUUGUCAGAACCACUAUCAUCAGGGAAGGCAAAAGAAAAAACUAAGAGACAUGCAGAAGAAAGUGAUGGAAAAGAAGUCUCUAUUACUAGCUGUUGGCCUCUGAAGAUGACUGAAAUCCAAGGCUCAAGAAAGGAGAUUACACGUUGCCUGAAUGAAACUCACAUUUCCUGGUUGCUUUGCUGUUGGGACAGCAGGGCCAGUAGCUUGUCUCUAGAUGGUAACGAAGCUCGCCAACUAGGAGGCAUUGCCAGAGAUUCAGCUACUGACAGAGGGAUUAGUCGAUGUUUGGAUGGGGCUGCCGCUCUCUGGGAACAAGUGUUAAUAGCCAUGAAGGAAAAGUAUCCCUUCAAAGAUGGCUUGAAGCCUGUGAUGAAAAAGUGGGAUACAGUUGAAAAGGGUAUCCAAUAUUUGAGGGAAAUAGCCAUGGUGAAAAUGUUGUAUGACCCUAACUUUGUUCCUAACCACCCAUGCCAAGACCAGGACUCUGAGAGAGUGAGGAUGACACCUUAUAUAAGGCGGAAACUCACAACAGCAGCACCAGAAAGAUACACUGAUACACUAAGAGCAAUGUUUGACAGAUACGAGGACCAACAGAGAACACCCUUAGUUUCUGAAUUGAUUCUUAUGCUCCAAAACUAUGAACAACAGCUACCCCCAACUCACGCUUUCAUUUCUGCCAUCUCAGAAAUAACGGACCAAAUGAAUGAAAUGCAAGAGCAAGUGUCUCUACUGAUUAAUUGUGACAAACCUGUAGCAGCUAAAGCCCACCUGGAAUUAAAUCUGGCAAAGGGGAUAAAGGAUAAUAAAAAAGGUUUUUUCAAGUACAUUAACAGUAAAAGGAAGACUAGGGAGAAUGUGGCUCCCCUGCUAAGUGGCGGGGGUGUUCUGGUAACGGGGGAUGCUGAGAAGGCGGAGAUAUUAAAUGCCUUCUUUGCUUCUGUUUUCAGUGAAAAAGCUCCCCCUCGGGAAUCUGAGACCCUGGAGGUUAGUGAGAGGAUCUGGGGAAUGGAAGACCUCCCUUCAGUCAGGGAAGAGGUGGUCCAGGAGCGCCUAGGCAACACCAAUGUUCACAAAUCCAUGGGACCCGAUGGGAUUCAUCCACGGGUGCUGAGGGAGCUGGCAGAGGUGAUUGCUGAACCGCUUUCGGUCAUCUUUGAGAAGUCUUGGAGGACAUGGGAGGUGCCUGAAGACUGGAAGAUAGCCAACAUCACCCCCGUCUUCAAAAAAGGCAAGAAGGAAGACCCAGGCAAUUAUAGGCCAGUCAGCCUCACCUCUGUCCCUGGAAAGGUGAUGGAAUAGCUUGUACUGGAUGUCAUCUCCAGACAACUGGAAGAAGAGGAGGUUAUCAGGAGUAGUCAGCACGGGUUCACAAGGGGGAGGUCGUGCUUGACCAACCUGGUAGCCUUCUAUGAUGUUGUCUCUGGCUGGGUGGACAGGGGGAGAGCAGUGGAUGUAGUCUACCUUGAUUUCAGCAAGGCAUUUGAUGCUGUCCCCCACAACAUCCUUAUAACAAAGCUGAGGAAGUGUGGGAUAGAUGAGUGGACAGUGAGGUGGGUUGAGAACUGGCUGACUGGCAGAGCACAGAGGGUCGUCGUUGGCGGUGCAGAGUCCAGUUGGAGGCCUGUAACUAGCGGUGUUCCUCAGGGGUCUGUGCUGGGUCCGGUCUUGUUCAACAUCUUCAUCAAUGACCUUGAUGAGGGGAUAAUGGCCACCCUCAGCAAGUUUGCUGAUGAUACGAAGUUGGGAGGAUUGGCUGACACGCCUGAAAGCUGUGUUGCCAUUCAGCAAGACCUGGAUAGGCUGGAGAGCUGGGCAGAAAAAAACCGGAUGAGGUUUAACAAAAGCAAGUGUAGAGUCUUGCAUCUGGGGUGGAAUAAUUCCAUGCACCAGUACAGGUUGGGGGAUGACCUGCUGGAGGGGAGCUCUGCAGAGAGGGACCUGGGUGUCCUGGUGGACAACAGGUUGGCCAUGAGCCAGCAGUGUGCCCUUGUGGCCAAAAAGGCCAAUGGCUUACUGGGGUGCAUUAAAAAGAGCGUGGCCAGCAGGUCAAAGGAGGUGAUCCUCCCCCUCUACUCUGCCCUGAGACUAGGAAUUCAGGACCAUUUCAAAGAUCUUGCAGAAUUCCAGAUAGUUGAUAUCAGUUGCCUUCCGUUUGUCCGCUCAUGCUGUCAUUCCAUCAUAGAAGGCCACUGGAUCGGUUACACAAGAUCUGCCCUUGGUGAAACCAUGCUGACUGUCUCAGGUCACCCGCUCAUUCCUCGCAUGCCUUAA